CUUGAUCCUCUCCCUGAAAAGGUGUUACAGGAAAGGGCAAAUACCAAUGCGUUGCGUUCCAUUGAAAAAGUCAUUGAAAUACACAGUAAGUACUGGCAUUCACUCCAGCGUUAUUCCUCGACAGUCGGCUACUCUUUGAUAGAGGCGCAAAAGUGUGAGAAUGAAGAAGCAGAAACCGUAACAGCUAUGGCAUCGUUGUCAGUGGGAGUCAAUCCACCCCUUGACAAAAAGCCAGAUGAGGAACCCAUGGAGCAGGAUCCUCCCCUGUAG